UACCCGGGGGAACGUUAGGAGAGGGGCUUCUAUGGAGGGAUGGAGUGAUGUAGCCUCUGUCUCGCUCCUGGUUACCACUCUCCUUUCUCACACCCUUUGCCGGUCGGACCCGUGUAGGGUCCAAUCAAUCCACUAGCUGGGUUUCCCUGGGUUGGUGCCGCCUGCGAGGAGACCGCCAGCUGGGAAUCCCACAGUGGUGGCGGCGGGGUGGAGGUGGCACAGAGGUAUUGGCCGCUUUUUGUCUUAGCCAAUUAGAAACGUCCUGGUUUCCGAAGAAGUGUGAGGGAGGUGGGAGAGUGGGGGUUUAGGAGCACAGGCCUCGGAGUCUGAUCUAGGUGACAAUUCGGAGGCGUCCACUUAAAGUUUUGUGACAUUGGACCAUUUAAUCUCCAAAGCCCAAAACGAAAAGGGCCAAGAGAUUCCUUGAGAAGAGAGAACCAAAACUCAGUGAAAAUAUUAAAAAUGCCAUGCUUAUUAAAGGGGGAAAUGCAAAUUCAACAGUGACAGAAGUACUUAGAGAUGUGUAUGCACUGAAAAAACCAUAUGGUGUUCUGUAUAAAAAGAAAAAUAUUACAAGACCAUUCGAGGAUCAGACAUCAUUGGAAUUCUUUUCAAAGAAAUCAGAUUGUUCUUUAUUCAUGUUUGGCUCCCAUAAUAAGAAGCGGCCAAAUAAUCUAGUAAUAGGUCGUUUGUAUGACUACCAUGUGCUAGAUAUGAUUGAAUUAGGUAUCGAGAAGUUCGUUUCUCUGAAAGAUAUUAAGAAUAGUAAAUGUCCUGAGGGAACAAAACCCAUGUUAAUAUUUGCUGGUGAUGAUUUUGAUGUAACAGAAGACUACAGAAGGCUAAAAAGUCUUCUUAUUGAUUUCUUCAGGGGCCCCACAGUAUCAAAUAUCCGCCUGGCUGGUUUAGAGUGUGUUCUGCAUUUCACUGCACUGAAUGGGAAGAUUUACUUUCGAAGCUAUAAGUUGCUGUUGAACUAAUCUGGUUGCAGAACACCACGGAUUGAAUUGGAAGAGAUGGGACCCUCAUUGGAUCUGGUUCUGAGGAGGACACAUCUGGCAUCAGAUGACCUUUAUAAGUUAUCCAUGAAAAUGCCAAAAGCCCUCAAGCCAAAGAAGAAGAAAAAUAUCUCCCAUGAUACUUUUGGUACAACUUAUGGAAGGAUUCAUAUGCAGAAGCAAGACCUAAGCAAACUACAAACCAGAAAAAUGAAGGGGUUGAAGAAACGACCUGCAGAAAGGAUAACAGAAGAUCAGGAGAAAAAAUCAAAGAGAAUUAAAAAAAAAUAAUGGAAUUUAGCUGAAAACUACGGUUUUAUUGUAGUCUGUUUACUUAGAAUUAUCAUCAGUCAUAUCAGAGUUUCUUAUAAGAUUUUACUGUAUAUUUUUCUACCAUUAUAAUUUGCCUAAACUAUAUAUUAUAUAUAUUAUGAACAGUAAUGUACUAUUAGGUUGAAAGUAAGCCUCUUACUUGAGACCUACCCUUGCGUGCCAUUUUUACUCUGUGAUACAUUUCCCUCUGUCCGCCCCCCGCAAAGUCUAGUCUGCUGUCUCAUUGGGUGGGUGAGGGAGGAGGGAUCUCCAGAAUAAACAUAGGUAUCUGAGAAUUUUGGGGUUAAGCUUUAGAUAAAGGGAGGAGUCAUGCAAAGUAAAAUGGCCCAAAGGAACUGUAUACACACUCAGUAUGACCUACCUGGAAAGUUAAUUCCAUCUUCCAACAUAUACCUACAACCCGGCUUUUAUUUUUUACUUUUCAGUUAUUUUGCCUGAAAUUCUACCAGUUAUUAAUUUGAGAUUUUAAGCUUUGUGUCAUAAAAUAUAGGUCUCUAAGAAAGAUACCUGAUCAUUGACAUAUUACCUUACUGUUGAUUAUUUUAAUAAGAGAUUUCUGCUACAAAUUGGAGCCCUACCCUCCUCUGCGAGAAAGGAAGUUUUUUUUGUUUUGUUUUGUGUUUUACACCUACAGCACCUGGUAUUCCUAGGUAGUCUCCUAUCCAAGUACUAACCAGGCCCAACCCUGCUUAGCUUCCAAGAUCAGACAAGAUUGGGCACGUUCAGGGUGGCAUGGCCGUAGAUGAGAAAGAAAGUUUUGAUAGAGAUAGAUGUGAGGAAAGAAUGGGUAGGUUUUAAGACACAGGGUACUUUAGGAUACUAGGUAGCUAAAGGUCACACAAAAACCCCGGGUGUUUGCAUACUGAGUAGGAGUAAGCCAAAGCCAAACAGUAUGUUUUGAAAUUUUCAUGAAGACUGGCCCUGUGCCUAGGAAAAUGGGAAGAAGCUUUCUACUUCCUCCUCAUAGUGUUGUAUACUUCUUUUUUCUAAAUUGAUUGAAUCCCUGGCAAAGAAGUUCCUUUAUACAAGUGCAAGCCAAUUAUGUUAUAAAGACACAAAUAGAACAUAAAUGAUAAUAUGUUA